GGAUGCACACCGCUGCAACGCCGCAGCGACAAUCGUGUGCGGUCUGCAGCGAUCCUGGCGGCGACCUCCCCCCUCUGCGCCCACAUGGUUGCCUUCAGGCGUCGAUCCAAUCGGCGGCCCUGCUGGCUUUCCUGCUGGCUUACCUGCUGGCUUUCCUGCAAGCAGCUUUGUACUCAUCCUCACAUCCCAUUCACAUCGUCGUCAUUCGCCCAAAGGAGCCAUCCUCAGCAUUGUCCAUAUCCACCAUGGCUACCAGCAAGUCGGCUUCAUAUGACUAUCUGAUCAAACUCUUGCUUAUUGGAGACUCGGGCGUCGGCAAGUCCUGUCUCCUGCUGCGGUUCUCCGACGACUCGUUCACGCCGUCGUUCAUCACCACCAUCGGCAUCGACUUCAAAAUCAGAACAAUCGAGCUGGACGGGAAACGAAUCAAGCUGCAGAUCUGGGAUACCGCCGGACAGGAGCGCUUCAGAACCAUCACGACGGCGUAUUAUCGAGGCGCGAUGGGCAUUUUGCUCACUUACGAUGUCACCGACGAGCGAUCCUUCAACAAUAUCAGAAACUGGAUUCGAAACAUCGAGCAGCAUGCCAGCGAAGGCGUCAACAAGAUCCUCAUCGGUAACAAGUGUGACAUGCUAGAAAAGAAGGUGAUCAGCAAAGACCAGGGGCAGGCGCUCGCCGAUGAGUACGGUAUCAAGUUUAUCGAGACAAGCGCCAAAUCAAACAUUGGCGUCGAGGAGGCAUUCUUCAUGCUCGCUCGCGACAUCAAGAAGCGCCUGAUCGACACAGCAGACGAAAAGAAAGAUAAGCCGACUGUGGUCGUGGGCAAUCCGGCCCAGGGAAAGGGUCAGGCCCAGGCUGGCUGCUGCGGUUGAGUCCGUGUACAUCAUCGCAUCGGACGAGGACGCCGCUGCUGGUUGCCCAGGGUCAGUGCCCAGCCCCAGACUCGGUCGUCCACGCCCAUCAAGACAAGAGCGACCCUUCCUGCCCAUGUUCCUCGACCAAGCCGCUCCUCGAUCAAUUUUUCUCCGCUCUCCUCUUCUCCUUUGUUGCUUGUGUUUGGGGAGCCGUGGAUUUGACGUGGGGUCGACACAAUCUUUGCAGCCUUUGGAAAUAUAGCUACCCCGCUCCAACCGUGA